ACAGACUCACAGAACAGACUCACAGACUCAGCCACAUUGCUACAGGAGCAUUUGAGGAAAUAUCUCAGCUCCCCACCAUGAUCUCCAUGCAGAAGGGAUGUCUCCUUGUCUUAAUAUUUACAAUUGCUGGCGUGAUGUACAGAUGCUGGGAUUUGGACAGAUAUUAUUACUUUCAAAGCUACGUCUUCGGAAUAUCCCAGGUGAUAAACGAUUCUGGUACAGAUGUUUCUGAUCCUGAAACACCAGACACCAAAGCCGGUAUUAUAUUUGUGGAGUCGACUGACAAUGUAGAGCCGACGCCGUUGAUGGUAUGCUCAGUGGAGUCUGCUGCUCGUCUAAACCCAGACAAACCAGUCUACUAUUUCAUGAAGGGGUUCAGUGGCAACUUGAGCCAGUAUCCACAGCCUGAGUACAGAGGCAUCCCUUUGCUCUCCUCAAUGAAGAAUGUUGUCAUUCUACCCUUAAAUCCCACUGAACUGUUUGAAGACACUCCAUUAAAAGGCUGGUAUCAAAAGGUAAAUCCAGAAAAGGAAAGGUAUUGGAUCCACAUACUUGCCGACGGCUGCAGGGAGCCGGAACAUUUUGUGCAUAAGUGGGAGCUGUGGAACAGUUAAGAUAAAGCACGGCCAAUGCACUGACAAGGAGCAAAGUCCAACAUUAGGCGUGAAUGCAUGAGGAACUCUGAAUGAAAUUGAGACACAAGAGAGACCGCAGAUGCUGGAAUAUUGAAUUUUCCAAUAUCAGGGAACACACACUCCCUGUGCUUCUUUCUCUCUCCUUCUGGUUCUCACCCCAACCCUGUCCUCCGCUCCCCCACCCCCCAACACCUGUCACAUAGCCCCACUUGGUUCCAUCUGCAUAUCACGCACCCACACACACACCUUCUGUUUCUGCUGACUCCUUCCCCAAUGUGCUCCAUCUGCCCAUCACCCCUCCCUUAUCUGGUUCCACGUAUCACCUUCCUUACCUGUCAGUUUCCAGCAUCUGCAGCCUCUUGUGUUUCCACAUCACCUGUCAGACUCUGUCUCCAGCUCCACCCUCCCUUCCCUUUAACUGGCUCCAUCUGCCCCUCUUCCUCUCUCCUUAUCUGUCUCGACCUAUCACCCACCAGACACUGAAUCCCAGCUCCACUCUUCCUCCUCCCCCACUUGGCUCCAUCUGCCCAUCAUCUCCCUCUUCACCUGGUUCCACCAAUCGCCUGCCUCAACCUUCCCUCUAAACCCUUUAUACUGGCUACCUCCCUCUCAGUCCUGAUGCAGGGUCAUGACCUAAAAUGCCGACUGUCCUUUUGUCUUCAUAGAUGCUCCUGAAACCUGUUGAGUUCCUCUCGCAGUCUGUUUUUGCUCUAAAUGAAAUUGUUGCCUUAAUAUUACAGGAGGAUGGUCAGAGAAACUUGUUUUGUGAAGUGGUUGAAUACAGGUACGGAGUAGGUUGGGGACACAAGAGAAUGCAGAUACUGGAAUCUGGAGCAAGAAACAUACUGCUGGAAGAACUCAGUGGGCCAGGCAGCAUCUGUGGAGAGAUCUGCCUCCACCGCCUCCUUUCACAGCAUGUUCCAGAACCACUGUCUGUGUCAAAAUUUUUCCCUCAAAUCCCCUUCAAAACUCCAAUCUCUCCCCUGA